CGAGAAGGUGCCCCCUCAGGCAAAGGAGAGAGAAAGGGGAAGGGGCAGUGUAGCUAAAUUGCGCCCCAAUAUACAGGUCUGGCCCCCCAUUAUUCCACGCGUCCCGCCACGCUGCCCUCGUCUUUACGCACGUGCGAACUCGACACUUAAGGUCCCUGACACUCACCCGGGGGCGGGGGACUAGGCUGACCGACUUCCUCUGGAGAACGCCACCCCCUCACCCCCGGAGCUGAAUCGUAGAGCCCCAGCUCGCCCGGAGACUCGCUGAAUCUUCCCUCCAGCUGCCCUGCUUCUCCAUCUCUUGACCCAGCUUCCGACGGCCCCAUCUCUGCGCAGGAACAACACCGCGGAAGGCUCACCAAGAUGGAGCAGACAUGUGAAGAUAUAGACCAAAUGUUCAGCGAUCUGCUGGGAGAAAUGGACUUGUUGACCCAGAGUUUAGAAGUUGAAACUCUUCCACCACCUAGCCAUGACCUACCCAGAACUGAAUUUAACUACAGUGUUGGUUUUAAAGAUUUAAAUGAAUCAUUAAAUGCACUGGAGGACAAUGACUUAGAUGCUCUAAUGGCUGAUCUUGUAGCCGACAUAAGUGAAGCAGAGCAGAGAACCAUCCAAGCCCAAAAACAAGCUUCUCAGCACCAACCAAACACAACAUCUGUGUCAUCAUCAGUCGUUGGCAAUGGAGCUUCCCUUGGUUAUAAGACAAAUUUGACCAAUACUGGAAUUAGCAAUUAUGAGGACGAACUGCCACCCCCACCUGCUGACCCUAUCUUAGAUCUUCCACCCCCUCCACCUCCUCCUCCUGAACCUCUCACUCAGGAAGAAGAAGAAGCACAAGCCAAAGCUGAUAAAAUCAAGCUCGCCUUGGAAAAACUGAAGGAGGCCAAGGUGAAAAAGCUUGUCGUCAAGGUACACAUGAAUGAUAACAGCACAAAGUCACUGAUGGUGGAUGAACGGCAGUUAGCACGAGAUGUUUUAGACAACCUCUUUGAGAAAACCCACUUUGAUUACAACCUGAAUUGGUGUCUUUAUGAAAUAUACCCAGAGCUACAAAUUGAGAGGAUUUUUGAAGACCAUGAAAAUGUUGUUGAAAUCUUAUCAAACUGGACAAGGGAUACGGAAAAUAAGCUAUUAUUUUUGGAGAAAGAUGAAAAAUAUGCUGUAUUUAAAAACCCUCAGAAUUUUUACUUGACUCCUAAAGGAAAAAAAGAAGGCAAGGAAACGAAUGAGAAAAUGAAUGCAAAGAAUAAGGAAUUUUUACUAGAGGAAAGUUUCUGUGGGACAUCUGUCAUUGUGCCAGAAAUUGAAGGGGCUCUUUAUUUGAAAGAAGAUGGAAAGAAAUCCUGGAAAAGACGCUAUUUUCUUUUACGAGCUUCUGGAAUUUAUUAUGUACCCAAAGGAAAGACUAAGACAUCACGGGAUUUGGCUUGCUUCAUACAGUUUGAAAAUGUAAAUGUUUAUUACGGAACCCAGUACAGAAUGAAAUAUAAAGCUCCAACUGACCACUGCUUUGUACUGAAGCACCCCCAGAUUCAAAAGGAGUCACAAUAUAUCAAGUACCUAUGCUGUGAUGAUGCAAGAACUCUAAAUCAGUGGGUCACUGGAAUCAGAAUUGCCAAGUACGGAAAGAUUCUCUAUGACAACUAUCAAAAGGCUAUGGCAAGAGCUGGACUUGCCUCUCGGUGGUCUAACCUAGGGACUGUGGACCCAACCACUACUACACAGACCCCCUCCAAAGGGCACACAGUAAGCACUGUACAACCUAAUGGACAGAUUUCCCAGACUACAAAUUCUGUUAGCGGAAUUUUCCACGAGGCCCAAAGACAAGUUGAAGCAACAAAGGACUGGAAGACGGCCGUGAGCAACUCUGACGCACCAGCACCUCCGGCGAAUCACCUGAAGAAGUCCCCGCUGCUCCCGCCCCCACCACCAGUGCGGCGAUCUUCCAAUGUGACUCCGGCGACUCCCAUGCCCCCGAAACCAUCCCAGCAGGAUCUUUUCCCUUUACCGCCACCUCCCGGAGAGGCCGAGCUCCCACCGCCGCCAGAUUUUAAUGACGAGCCCCCCAACUUCGUGCCUCCCCCACCUCCUGCAGCUGGUGCUGGGGGUGAAUUUCCGUUACCACCUCCUCCCCCUCCUCCACUACUCCAACCCGCAGAGCCCAGCAAACCUCUCCCGCCCAUCACCAAAAAGCCUCCCAUGCCUCCGAAAAGGCAGGAGAAUCCAGGACCACCCCCUGGGGGUGCAGGGGGAGAACAAGAUUUUAUGUCUGAUCUAAUGAAAGCUUUGCAGAAGAAGAGAGGCAACAUGUCCUAAAGAUGUUUUUGUUUCUGAAGGAAAUAGAAAGUAUAUCUACAUAAUUAUGUCUUUUUCUAAUUGUGUUUUAAUUAUUGCAUUCUUGAGACAACUUAGUGUUUUUGUAAAAUACUGACUUUGCAAUAGAAAUGAUGUACAUAUUUUCUGUCAGUCAUUAACCUUUUUAGGAUUGACUUGUGUCUUCAUGUAGAGCAAAUGAAUAUAUCCUUGUUUUUUGGAGUGACCAAAA